AUGUGGCGCCUCCCGGGAUUCCUGGGCAGAGCUCUUCCCCGUCUGCUGGGACCCGGCUUCCGGGGGCUGACUCCAAAGUCUACCAACCCAAAUGAGCCUCAGGCUGCCUCCUCCACUCUGCUGGUCCCUGUCCCCAGCUUUGACAGGUCAGGCCCCCAUGGCCCAGGCCCAGGCACGAACAGGGGCCCAAGGUCUCAUGGAUGGAAGGAUGCCUUCCAGUGGAUGUCUGCCCGUGUCUCCCCAAACACCUUGUGGGAUGCCAUAUCAUGGGGCACUCUGGCCGUGCUGGCACUGCAGCUGGCAAGGCAGAUCCACUUCCAGUCGUCCCUGCCAGCAGGACCUCGACAAGCAGAGCACUGCUCUUGGCGCAGACCCCUGGACUGUUUCCUCUCAUCUCCCUUGUGGCAUCCGCGCUCCUCACUCCGGAGGCAUAUUCUCCCCAGCUCUGAUGGCCCAGCUCCCAGGCACACUGGCCUUAGGGAACCCAGGCUGGGCCAGGAAGAACCCUCCACUCAGCCUGAGAACCUCUCUUCAUACAGCUCCGUGAGGGCAUCUGGUCUUCAGGGUCUCUCUGAAGAAGACCCUAGUGAUCUAGGCUUCCUGCAUGCCAGCAGUAGCUUCAGAUCCGGGGCAAAGCCAGCCCAGCCUGUGCCCACCGGACAAAAGCAGGAACAAGAUAAAUCAAAAACUCUUUCCCUCGAGGAGGCUGUGACUUCCAUUCAGCAGCUCUUCCAGCUCAGUGUUUCCAUUGCUUUCAACUUCCUGGGGACAGAGAACAUGAGGAAUGGGGACUACACGGCAGCCUUUUCCUACUUCCAGAAAGCAGCAGACCGUGGCUACAGCAAAGCACAGUACAAUGUGGGCUUGUGUCAUGAGCAUGGCAGAGGCACCCCCAGGGACCUUGGCAAGGCAGUUCUUUUUUACCAGCUGGCUGCCAGCCAGGGUCACCGCCUGGCUCAGUACCGUUACGCCAGGUGCCUGUUGCAAGGCCCAGCCUCCACUUGGGAUCCUGAGUGCCAGAGGGCAGUGUCCAUGCUUAAGCAGGCUGCACACUCGGGCUUGAGAGAGGCUCAAGCUUUCCUCGGGGUGCUUUUCACCAAGGAGCCACACCUGGAUGAGCAGAGAGCUGUGAAAUACCUUUGGCUUGCGGCCAACAAUGGGGACUCACAGAGCAGAUACCACUUGGGAAUUUGCUAUGAGAAGGGCCUUGGUGUGCAGAGGAAUCUGGGAGAGGCUAUAAGAUGUUAUCAGCAGUCAGCGGCUCUGGGCAAUGAACCUGCCAGGGAAAGGUUGCGGACCCUCUUUUCCAUGGAAGCAGUGGUUAAAGCCCUGGGGCCCAGCGAUUUGGCAGUUAAAGGAUUGAAGUCCUUCUCCAGCCCCUCCCUCUGCAGCCUCAACACUCUGCUGGCGGGAGCCUCACGCCUCCCACACGCCUCGAGCACAGGGAACCUUGGCCUCCUCUGUAGAAGUGGGCGUCUCGGAGCCAGUCCCAGGGGAGCUCUUCCCCCACACAACUACCCUUUGGAAAGGAGUCUCGUCAGACUGGGUUUUGGCUAA